UGCUCCAGGUGCAGUUCCCAGGAGCUUGGGGGCCCUCGCUGGCCUGGGAGGAGUAGCCCGUCUCGGAUCUGCUCUUGCUGCGUCUCUACGCCCUAUCCACUGGACGCCAGUGAGCCUCAGAAUUCAGGGAUGCUGCCUUGAUGUCCCUGGUAUGUCAGAACUGAGUGGGACCUGCUGAGGGGCUAGAGUGACCUCAACUGCCUUUCCCAGCCUGGUGUCAAGAUGCUGAGCCUGAAGCUCCCUAGGUUAUUCCGCAUAGACCAGGUGCCCCAGGUGUUCCAUGAGCAGGGCAUCCUCUUUGGUUACCGACACCCACAGAGUUCCGCCACCGCCUGCAUCCUCAGCCUCUUCCAGAUGACCAAUGAGACACUCAACAUCUGGACGCACUUGCUACCAUUCUGGUUCUUUGUGUGGAGGUUCAUGACUGCACUCUAUGUGACAGACAUCCAGAAUGACAGCUACUCGUGGCCGAUGCUUGUGUACAUGUGUACCAGCUGCGUGUACCCCCUCGCCUCCAGCUGCGCACACACAUUCAGCUCUAUGUCCAAGAACGCCCGGCAUAUCUGCUAUUUUCUGGACUAUGGUGCCGUCAAUCUCUUCAGCCUGGGCUCGGCCAUCGCCUACUCUGCAUACACAUUCCCUGAUGCGCUGGUCUGCAGUACCUUCCAUGAGUGCUACGUAGCCCUGGCCGUGCUGAACACCAUUCUCAGCACUGGCCUAUCCUGCUACUCCAGAUUUGUCUCCAUGCCUCGUCCCCAGUGUUGUAGUGUAAUUACGAAGGUAAUUGGGUUUGGGUUUUGUUUGACCUGGCCUUUUCUCAAGACCAUCUGUUCUUUCAAACACCUGCAGCUCUUCCUGUUCCCAGGGGAGAGUUCAAGAAAUGAAGCCAUGUUGUACCACCAGAAGCACAUGGUCAUGACUCUUCUGGCCUCUUUCUUGUACUCGGCUCACCUGCCAGAGCGACUGGCUCCUGGACGCUUUGACUACAUCGGCCACAGUCACCAGCUGUUUCACGUGUGUGUCAUCCUGGCCACACACUUGCAGAUGGAAGCCAUCCUUCUGGACAAGACCCUGAGGAGGGAGUGGCUCCUGGCCACCUCCAGACCCUUCUCUUUGCCUCAGAUAGCAGCGGCCAUGCUUCUGUGCAUCAUCUUCAGCCUCAGCAACAUUAUUUAUUUCUCAGCUGCUCUGUAUCGGAUCCCUGAGCCUGAAUUACAUGAAAAGGAAACGUGACUUCAGAACGUGCCAGGCUAUGGUGUUAGCAGCUGGUGUGGUGCUGGCUUACAGUGGCCAAAAGCAUUCGUAGCAACUGAUGCCUUGACAUUUUUUUUUUAUGGGUUCAUAUUAAAAAAAAAAAAAAGGGAUUUAAUUGGGCAGAGUUCUCUACACAUGCACAGAUUCUGUAUGUGUUCUGUAAAAGGAAGAAUGUGGGCAGAAGCCCUGGAUAAGGAUAAAUAUUAAGUUUAAAACUUAUUUAAAAUGGGGUGUUUGGGGUCUGGAGGUGUAGCUCAGUUGGUAAAUAGUUGUCUAGAAUAUUCAGAACCAUGCUUUUGUUUUGUUCUUUAUUUUGGGUUGUUGUUUGUUUAUUUGAGACUGGAUCCUACUGUGUAGCUCAGGAUGUCCUGAAAUUUACUAUGUAGACCAGGCUGGCUUUGAACUCACAGAGAUCUGUCUGCCUUUGCUUCUUGAGUGCCGGGAUUAAAGGUGUG